GUAAGUGACAUAAGAGUAAAAGUUUGUUUUGAUUUUAUUCACAUUACUACUAGUUAAUAUUACAUUUAUUAUUAACAAACAAACAGACAAACACAUUACUACUAGUCAAUAUUACAUUUGUCGAGUAAACAACUCACCAUGGUUGGAUAUAAUAUGGACGGACCAGCAAGAGAUCGAGUAAUGAAGUUGAUGCAAGAAAAAGACCGCAUUGAGAGUGAAAUUCGGGACCAAACUGCAAUUUUGGAAACAAAUAAUGUGGGAAUGCAGGAUGCUUUAGUAGAUUGCGAUGGCUUUCCGCGUAAUGAUAUCGAUGUUUAUAAAGUUAGACAUGCAAGGCAUAGGAUAAUAUGCUUGCAGAACGACCAUAAAGAAAUAAUGAAACAAAUAGAAAGAGGUCUUACAGAAGUUCACUCAAGUUUUGUAGGGUCAAAUGGGCAAGGUACAUCACGUAGAAUAGAUUCUGUUCAGAACCACACAAAUGGUCAUAGUUCUAUGAACGGCCACAGUGCUAUGAAUGGUAAUGAUGCAGGCCAGAGCUUUGCCAUUGUUGGAUUUGUACAAGAUGGUUCCCCUGCUGACCUUGCUGGGCUCUGUGAAAAUGAUGAAAUUGUUCAGUUUGGUUCAAUAAACCACGACAAUUUCACAGAUGUAACACAGGUGCACCAAAUAGUGUCACAUUCAGUUGGUCAAAGGAUUCAAGUGAGGGUGCGGAGAAAUGAUGCAGUACAAUCCAUUACAGUUGUGCCUAGGCCUUGGGAACAACCUGGGUUGCUGGGUUGCCAGAUACGAAGAUUAUAGGAUGAUUAGAUUUUAUGUAUGGCAACUUUUGUGUUAUUUUAUUCCUUUUUUUAUAUAAGACCUGCAAUCAAUCACAAGACUAUGAGCAGAUGAGAUGAUUUUAAUGCAAAAUUUUCAUGUAAUGGAUUUUGUUGUUUACAGUUUCUUAAGUAGGUAAUUGUAAUUGUUAACUGGAAGUUUUUCUUUAUAAGAAAUGUCUUAAAAAUUCCUUACUGUAUUGUAAUAUGAGUAAAAAAAACAAGUAUUUAUAAGCUUGUUUAAGUUGGUUUGUUGUAAAUUGGUUCGUCAGUAAU